AUGUGCAUUGCAAGGCUCCAAGGAACCCAGGGAGCCGAGCAAAAGUUAGCCAUAGAUAACACUUGGCUUCGAGCCGCAGUUCCGAACCUUCAUGGCGGAUACGCGCAUGCAGUCGCAGCUGAGAUCGGAGAGAUCUUCCUACCAGAUCACGAGGCUGAUGAAGUUCUCAAGAAGGAGCUGCAGGAAGCUUUGUCGGCUGAAGACUAUCAGCGUGCUGCCUCAAUUAAGAAGGCAAGUCUGCAUGAGCUGGGAACUUCAUCAUCCAUCAAAGUCUCGCGCAAAGUGUGGAAUGUUACAGAAGAGAUCAAGACUGCGGCAUCACAGUCAGACUCAGUCAAGUUUGCAAGUUUCAUCGCAGAAAAGGCCUCGAUGACAUGGCAAGCGUUGGUCGAGGGAAGCAUAAAAUCAUGGCAGUCAAGAAUCUACCUGGCAACCGAGUUCGUGUAUCAUUGUCUCAAACAUGCUUCAAGCCUUGGGGACAACAAAGUCUACCAUAUCAUUGGUCACGUGAAAGGCAAGGCAUGCCCCAUACAAGCCAAAAUUAUCUACUAUUCUAUGGUUCAAGACCCAAGGAGAAAAUAUAAUCUUGCGCCACGCUUCUUCUUCUCUUCGCUCUCAUUCCCCCAUAUCUUGGCGUCAAUGACGACCAACAUCUCGGAUUCUGAUGUAGUAGUUCAGCUUUCAGGAGCGUCAAACUCAGUCUGGGCACUCGGCAAACACUCAGGAAUGCUGCACACUCUCAAUGCUAUGACUGAGGACUGGAAGGCCUGGUCAGAUUCACUUCCACUACUUCGCCGAAUGUCUGAAGUGACAGACGAUGCUAAUGACAUGUCAGUCAGCUGGCUGCCGUGGACUGAUACCGAGUGGUUUGACAAGCUACUUGUCAAGGCUCACAACCUGCUGGCAGCAGGAAAGAUCGACAAGACUCAGUACAUCAGAGCGAUCGAGAAAGUUGUUCUGUCAGGUCGCUUCUUCCGAUCCCAUGCGAAAUUUGAGCGAUCUAUUGAGGAGAAGUGGAUGGAAGCUUUCGUUGAAGUCUUGAACGACGAGGUUGCUCUCAAGUUCGUGACUAUCUUGAUCCUUGAGUGGAGUCUCAUGAGCGAAGGUUUCAACGUCAACGUCAACUGGGAAGAGAUGUCGCUUCUGAUCAACAUCACUGACCCGCUACAAGUCGAUGUUCCUCCUCUACAUGAGUUCAUGAGGGCGGACGAGAAGUUGUCGUCUAGGCUCAAGAUCUCAGAAGAAAACCUGAGACUCUACCCACACUGA